AUGCAGUUAAACCAGCAAAGCGGGCUUGAUACCCACACUGGGACUAUCGACCUGACGUCGAUAGGGUCGCUUUGGCACGCCAUAAACAGUGCGAAUAGUCCAGAAGCAAAACAAGCCAGCAAGAGAAGUCUGAAGAGCUUAUGCGAUCUUCGCGGUUACCCGCGUGCGUGGAGGGUGUUCCCUCCGAAGCAUAAGGACCUGUUCAACCGCAGUCCGUUCCACCGCAGUCCGUUCCACCGCAGUCUGUUCCACCACAGUCUGUUCCACCGCAGUCUUUUCCACCACAGUCUGUUCCACCGCAGUCUUUUCCAUCGCAGUCUGUUCCACCGCAGUCUUUUCCAUCGCAGUCUGUCACAGCCAACGGGCAACCUCAGAAAGCGACAGGAGCACGAAAAGUGA